UUCUCUUAACCGAAAGUCAACAUGGCAUGCCUGCAUUCUUCUCUCCCGGAUGGCUAUGAACAGGGAUCAUAUCAAACGCCAGAGUUUACGGAGGAAACUUUAUUUAUGUACGAGCAUGGUGUAGCUUGUGUAUCCAAUGUCGAUGGACGGGGAAAUGUUUCUAUUUACGCCAUGAUUAAACGAGGCGAGAAGAAGAAUUCGAAAUUGGUUUUCGAUUACGCCAACAUCUUGGGCUUUGUCGGCGGCGAGAUAAGAGAUGGAUUCUGCAAUACAAACCUCAAGGAAAGCGAGGCUCUUCGUUUUAUGCAAACCCACUUAGAUCUGUCGAAAGGAAGAACCGUCAGAAUGGUUUUUGCUCCCGUGGAAGAGGUGUCGGCCAUGUUUGUACUUCCGCUUCGUGUAAAGUCCCUUCAGAAUGGAGUAGAUUUCACUGACCCUAGUACGGAAACGGCUUUUGAGUACUUCAAACAAGCAGCAAAAUUAUGUCCUUAUCAGAAGCUUGAAGAUUUCUUUGAUUUCAAGCUUGGAAAAGCUCCCCGAAAGGCAGAUCGUUCGAAGUUCAGUGGCCACAGAGCAGAGCUCGAGUCGUGGUGGCUAGAGAGGUCUGAGCUGUCGUACUACGACUGCCCACCUCCGCCCCAACCACCCAUCUUGAAUCUGACUAAGCUAAAUGAGAAGAGGAAAGAGGGAAGAUUUGUGUCUGGGUUCAUGGAACAGGCUAGCCAGUGGAGAAAGAAGCAAGAGAAUUCAGAAGCAUGGAAGAAAGUUACAGUACAGAGGUUGACUGAUUCUCAGAACUAUGAUAGGUUCUGCGGAAUGGCAAUUUUGCAAGCACUAUGGUACAUCUGGAUAGGUGAUCCUGAACGUGCUGUGGUCAUGGUGGAAGCUUGGCAAGAUUUUGAAAGAGAUAGAGAAGCAGGGCGGUUUCUUGAUGCAAACAACAUUGUCUUGGAAGAACUUUUAGAUUUAACUCUUGGUAAUCUAUCAAGUAAAGGGAUGUGCAUAGGUCAAACCAAAGUUGAUUCAAGAUUAACACUAAAGAAGAUGUGUGAAACUUGCUUGAGUCCAGUGUUUCUGGGGCCGGAUAGAAAUGGCUUUCAUGUCCUAACAUGUAUUGACAAAGAUGCCAAUGGUGAAUUUGGUUGCAAAAAUACUCGCGUGAAUAUAGCGAAAUUGCUCUUUGCUAUCCACAAAUAUGGAAUGAACAGCGAUUUUGAAACAUCUGCUACCCACUCCUUUCAUGAAGCUCUCCACACCUUUCUGGAGCAUUCAUUUUCUGUGCUAUAUUGGAGAAUCAAACCCACAAACCCUAUGACUGCAGAUGCUGAAAAUGAAGCAGUUCCAAAGUUCAUGGAAUUUCUGACUGUUGAUGAAAAACUAGAUGUAUCAAAGUGGGUGAAUUCUUCCACUGAUGCAUUAAGAGAAGCCUUGGUGAACCACUGUAGCAAGAAGCUUGGCAAAGAAAAUGUGGAGAAAAUGACUGAAUUAUUUCGCUCAAAACUGGACAAAAUUUUGAUAGAGUAUAGCAAGGCAGAGAGAGAGAGUGCAAAGCGAUGUAAAGAACCCAAUUUGAAAGAUGUGAGGAUUAAUCUCCUACGAAAAACUGUUGCUCCCACCAUGUCUCAACAAUUUAAGCGUAAAUGGAGACUUAUGUCCAUUGCUAAAAGAAAAAGGGUUUUGUUGGUGGCAGACAGUCAGCGUGUUAGAGAAGCAUGCAAUGAAUCCUACAAACAAAUGGAGAAGAUUGAUGAAGAAGAAAGAAUUAAAAAGUUGAAAGAAACACCAACAGUAGACCAAGUAGUGAAUGGGGAUCAGGGAAAAGAGCUUUGUACAAUUCCUAGUAGUAUUGUAGAAAGAUGCGAUGGUUUAGAGAUAACAGACUGUGAAGAAAACAAUCCAGGUAUGCCAAUGGGUCAGAAUGAGUUUUCGGAUGAUUCAGACAGUGAUGAUUCACUGGCAGGCAUUGAUGUUCAAUUUCCUGAAAAGUGUAGUGGUGAUUCCUGUCCUUGUACUGAUAGCUGCAAGUUUUGGCAGCAUUUGGUUAGCAUUUUGGUCAGUGAUAAAAAUCCCAUUCCCUACUUUAAGUGCAUUAAUGAUGGUGACCUGAUUUUGCGAGGAAAACUGUGGGAAGAUCAGGAGGGUCAUUUUUUUGAUGAUGUUAUCACUCUUAAUGAAGAAUUUAUUGGUGGUGCUGUCCUACCAAUGGAAGAUGAGGUGUUUUCACAGUGCCCAAGGCUUGCCUUGAUUUGCAAAAUGGCUUGUCACCGGCUAAUUCCAAUGCUUUUGAUGGGGGUCAUUCAUCAGUUUGGAGAGUUAGAGAAGAGAGAAAACAUCAAGUAUGAAUGCCAGGCAUGUCAAUGCUGCGGCCAAGUUGAGGAUGAACCGGGUGACUUCAAGAGAUGUGGUGGAUGCAAGAGUGUUGUCUACUGUGGCAGGAAAUGUCAAGCUCAAGAUUGGAAAGCUGGACACAAGCAGAAAUGUCAAGAGCUGGAGAAGGAUGAAGUGUAAAAAAGUUGCCUUGCUCUUGUUCCCCCCACAAGAGUUUUCAAGGCCAAACAGAUUGGUGACUUACAGUAAUUAACUGUACAUGCUGUAGCAAUUGAUAACAUUAGCAGGACAAAGUGGAGCACAAUUCAGGUAAAAAAAAGGGAUAAGUAACUUCAAGUUCACCCCAAAAUCUGCAAGCACAUAUAUUCUAGAUUUCUGUCAGCAUGAAGUCCUGAAAGCAAUUAUUUUUAUCAAUAAUAAAGUGCAAGAAAUACACAAAUUUAUUAAUAUGUGAUGAUUCACUAAAUUUGUAUCAUCUGUUUAAAAUGCUAGGUUUGUUGUAAUGUUAGCACUUUCAUUAGGAAAGAGAAUGAAUUCCUAUUUUGAAUUAAGAUGAAUUAAGUGAAGUAGAGGCAGAGAAUUCUGUGAUGUAGCUUAAAAAUUCCGAGCUCUCUGGUGCCUAUUCAACAUUGCUCGUUGCAAUUAGCCUUGUUCUUGAAAAUUUCUAGAGGGAUAAAAUUAGAUUGUUUGGUAAAUUACAUAGAAAACUGUUUAGUCUUCUUACAUAUUUUUGCACACUUUUCUUCCAACUUCAUUGGUAUAGUAGCAAUGUAAAAAUUACUGUGAUUACAAAAAUUAAGAUUAUUUUUACUAAGGAGAGGCCAAAGAAGGUUUUAUAUGUCUCUAGGUGUGGAGAAGAUAGAGGUUCAAAAGCCAACAUAGAGCUACAAGAAUCCUCGUUUUUUUUGCUUGUUCUUUUGAGAAUAGUUUUAGCCCUUAAUUAUAUUUAUUACACGACUUGGGCAGUCAGAGGGCCAAUAACUAAAAUCAACCAAUCAAAAUGCUCU